AUGCAAUUUUUGGAUUCUUUACAAGGCGUCUUCUUUGCGCGAUUGGGCCACAAUGCCAAACUCCAGAAUCACGCUGUGAACGCCGGAAGAUCAAAGCUCCCCUAUAUUUUACAAGACAAAGACAUGGGUGCCAAGUACGAAUCAGUUCUUGUCGAAGUGCCAGAGUUCGCGAUACAAAUCCUCGACUCGGUUUACAGAGAUCAACAGGAGAUUGACGCAAAAUGGCACCUCGACACGGAAGGGGAGCUCGAAGAAUGGUGGGCAGUGAAAGGAUAA